AUGACCGCCGAAAAGGAUUUCGACGCCAGCUCUACCGGCCUCCAAAAGGGUGAGGAUGGUAAGCUCGAUGUCGAACUGGCCCGGGCCAACAGCAAUGUCGAGUUCAACCUUGCCACGCAGAGUGAGCAGCUCGAGCGUGGUCUCAAGAGUCGUCAUAUUCAGUUUCUCGCGUUGGCCUCCGGUCCGGCAGCCCUGUUCAUGGGAUACAUAUCGAUGAUGAUUGUGGUGUGGUGCAUCAUGAACGCCCUGUCGGAGAUUGUGACUUACCUCCCGAUGCGCGGCAUCACGGUACCCUACUUCGUCGACCGAUUCGUCGACCCGAGCCUGGGCUUCGCGGCCGGGUGGAACUACUGGUACGCUUACGCGAUGCUGAUGGCGUCGGAGGCGGUGGCGGCCAGCAUCAUCAUCGACUACUGGGAGCCGCCGGUGGACAUUGCGGUGUGGAUCGCCAUCGUGCUGGUGGUGAUGCUGCUGCUCAACAUCCUGGCCGUCAGCGUCUUCGGCGAGGCCGAGUUCUGGUUCGCCAGCAUCAAGUUCAUCACCAUCAUCGGCCUCAUCAUCCUGGGCUGGGUCAUCUUCUUCGGCGGCGCGCCCAACCAGAGCAAGGUCCGCGGCUUCAGCUACUACAACGACCCCGGGGCCUUCAACCCGUACCAGACGUCGGGCGGGGCCGGCAGAUUCCUGGCGUACUGGCACGCCCUCGCCGCGGCCGGCUUCGCCUUCGUCACCUCGCCCGAGCUCAUCGCCACGGCGGCCGGCGAGACGGUGGCGCCGCGGCGCAACAUCCCCAAGGCGGCCAGGCGCUUCACCCUCCGGCUGGCCAUCUUCUACGGCUUCUCGUCGCUGCUGGUCGGCAUCCUCGUCCCCUACGACCACCCCGACCUGGUGGGCUCGUCCGCCAACGCGGCCGCCUCGCCCUUCGUCAUCGGCAUCCGCGAGGCCGGCAUCCCGGUGCUGAACCACGUCAUCAACGGCGCCAUCCUGACCUCGGCCUGGUCCGCCGGGAACUCGUUCCUCUACUCCGGCAGCCGCAUCCUGUACUCGCUCGCCCUCAAGGGCCAGGCCCCGGCCGUCUUCCGCCGCGUCAACCGCAAGGGCGUGCCCUGGCUGGCCGUCCUGGCCACCUGGUCCAUCGGCUUCCUCGCCUUCCUCAACGUCUCCAACUCGGGCGCCAAGGUCUUCACCUGGUUCAUGAACAUCUCCACCAUCUCCGGCUACAUCGCCUGGAUCGUCGUCCUCAUCACCUACAUCCGCUUCCGCAAGGCCAUGGCCAUCCAGAACCUGCUCGGACAGAUGCCCCUGCGCACCCCGCUCCAGCCCUACAUGUCCUACGUCGUCCUCUUCCUCGUCAGCCUCAUCACCAUCACCAACGGCUUCCAGAUCUUCAUCCCCAGGAACUGGAACGUCAGCGACUUCUUCGCCGCCUACGUCACCAUCCCCAUUUUCCUCGUCCUCUAUGCCGGCCACAAGAUCUGGUUCCGCACCCCGCUGCGCAUCCCCAUCGAGCAGGUCGACGUCAUCACAGGGAAGAAGGAGAUGGACGACCUGGCUGCCCUGGAUGAGCCCCCGAUCGCUCGCAACUGGGUCGAGAAGGUGUGGCUCUGGCUUACUUGA